CUGCACGCGCCGCACAUCGAGCCCCAGGAUCCGUCCAGGUCGGUGACAGAGGCAGCAGACAGACACACAGACAGACAGACAGACAGACACACAGACAGACCAGUGGAGGCUGUGACGGACAAACAGACUCAAACCUCCGGCUCUUCACUACUCAUCAGUUCAGACUGGGGGAAGAACUUCUCAUCCUUUUCUUCUUCUUCUUCUUCUUCUGUGUCUGCGUGUCUCCUCUCCGGCUCGUGCUGUUGCGGCUCCCCCUCCUCCUCCUCUUCUUCUUCCUCCUCCUCCUCUUCCUCCUCCUCCUCCUCUCUCUGAUACACGCACAUACACAGAGGACCGGUUAUGUGAUGGGUCUUGGAGCGGAGCCCGGGAGAGCUUUCCUUCGCCAGGGAAGCGGGGUGAUGAUGAAGAGCAGGUUUCUGUCGCUGACCGGGAAGUUCGGUUUCCACUUCUACACGACGACCGACGGGAAAUAAAAGGAGCCUCCACGUCCACUGAGGGAUUAAAAGCACUUAUUUGACUUAACUUGCCGACGAAUUGUUCCUCCUCCUCCUCCUCUCAGUGUUUUGUUGUUUUUUGUUUUUUUUUUUUAAUGAUGCGCGAGCUCACCUCCGGAUUGUACAUGUUGCCUGGCUGAUGCGGCGGCUCGUGCCUCUGGAUUGUGGUUCUUCUGUGUCCAUAUUUGGAGUUAUUUGAGUAAGGCAGUUGAACAGGACGCCACACAUCCAGGUCAAAUGACCAUCUAAUGUCCGAGCUGCGUGUGUCAAGCCUUUCUGUGACAUGGAAAAAACAGGACUCUACAGCCUCCUUUAUUACUUCAUUCUCAAUUCGCCCUUUAUGAUUUGUGCAAAUGCUGCAUUUACUGAAGUCCCUAAAGAUGUAAGUGUGGGGGAGGGAGAGGAUGUGGAGAUGCCCUGCGCCUUCAAGGCUGUCAGCUCAGCCCCCAUGGCUUUGGAGAUCCAGUGGUGGUACCUGAAGGAGGAUGUGCCUAAAGAACUGCCUCACGAGCUGCAGAUCAGCUCCCCGGCCAACAGAGCCAAGAUUGUUCCAAGGGAAGCCACAAAAAUAAGUACUGUGCGUGUUCAGGGCAACGCCAUCUCCCACCGCCUCAGCCUGUCCAAGGUGAAGAAGGAAGACGAGGGGGUGUACGAGUGCCGUGUGUCUGACUUGUGGGCCGACGAGACUCAGGAAUUUACCGUCCACGCCAGCCUGCACGUCUCGCAGGGUGACGGCAUGGUGGCCGAAGAGGCGGUGUCUCAUAUCCAGAACCGCUGGCCCCUGAGGAAUACCAACACAGCUCUGGGGGGCGGGGCUGGGAGGGCGACCUCAGAGCCAAACCAGGGGAUGGCAGGAGGUCAAAGGUUAGGGCAGGGGAAGCAUCGGGUUCCUCAGCAGGCCCAGCCCGGCCUCCUCCCGUCCCUCUCCUCCACCACCACCACCUCGGUGGUCAAGUCCUCGGCCUCACCGCUGCCAGGGAACGCAGCCAUCCUCCGGCAGCAGCUUGGAGCUGGUUGCAGUGUAAUGAGCACCAUGGACCCCCUCCUCUGCAUCACCCUCCUGUUCCUGCAUAAGCUAAUCCCCUUCCUGUUGGCCCACUGAACAGACUUCAACCAAAAUUAUGUCAACCUGCAAUGCUCUCACUUUCUAAAAACCAAAACCAAACAGCAGUCAGUGCCCACCAAGGGAGAAAAAAAAAAGGGUCACAUUAAAAUACGGUAGAUGUACGUCGUUGCAACACAUCACUGAGGGGGAGUGAAAGCAAUGCAACAAAUGGAUGCAGAGGAUACGAGGCGGAUGGGACUUAAAGGAGGAGAGGGACGCUCCACGGACUUUCAAGGACUGAAUCGGAGACGUGAACUAUGCGACUGUUGACGGAGAGGAGGAAAAUGUGCUUAUAGUGAAUGAUGGGAGCAUCACUACUGAUCCACAUACAGCCUAUACACAGGCGUGGCCACAUGAAGCGCUGCCUCUACUUUGCAUAGCACUUGCUUCACGCAUGGCCCUCCUCAAAUGCUCCACUGACAUCAUUUAUUUUCAUUAUUGUCGUUGGUUUCUUUUGCAGCAUUUCCACUGUGAAUUCUGUUCAUCUGACGACACGCAAAUUACACUUCACCGUUGAGUCCUUCGGUCGGGCCUCAUCUGUUACAGUCUGGAAGAUACGUGAUCUCGGUGUUUUCUGUUUCGUUCUCGCUUUGGAAGGGGGCGUAUGAUCAGCAUGACCUGUCGAUCAUUAAUAUUGUUUUCUUAGCUAUGCCAUGCAUCUUCAUUAUACAGAGCUACCAUGUAUUCAGACAGUGUGUUAGUCUAUUGUAAAUUCUGUCCACCCCCAUCCUACACACAGACACACACACACACACGCACACACACACACACACAAACACAUAAACACUUACUUUUGUCCUCAUUGCUGUGUUUCAUAAUGUAAACAACAAAUGAUAAGCUGAUAUAUUUUGAUUAAGAUAAGGCACACCUUACCAUUGUUGUUGUUAAUCACCUCCAAUAAUGUUUAUUUUUAUUAAAUCUAUGGUGAUCAAAGUGAGACAUUUCAUUUCUAUGAGACAAAAUGAUUUAUUGGUAUCUUGCCAGCUGCAGUUCAGAUGAAGGUUUAUUGUUUUUGUAAUAAAAAGGUAGAUUUCAAAAGGA